AUGAGACUGCUAGCAUUGGCAUGUAUAUUUUUUUAUGCGCCGUUUUGUGCAUUGGCUCAUAGUUUACGGUAUGGAAUACCCGAGUCUGCUCAAGUUUGGUCCAUUUUAGUUCACUUACUAGGUGAUCUUGAUGAACAGUUGCUCGCUGAACUGUACCCCUUGGUUACUGGUUUGGAUGAUGAAACCGAUACUCAAGGAUGCCUUAUAGCGUCGACGAGUGACGCAUUAAGGAAACAACAUGGCAAAGAAGAUGUGGCAGAUCUUUUAGAACUAUAUGGCAGCCUUUACCCAAUGGGCCUGCUACAGGAGGACGUCAGCUCCAUUACCGAUCAAGACGAAAUAAACGGGAACUAUUUUAUCAUGAAUGGGAAAAGGUAUGACAAGCCCGAUGAUGUGUUCUACUUGAAAUCCAAAGAUUUAACAAGUCAACAGAAGAUUCCAGACAUUAAUGUCAUACAGCCUUACGAUGUCGUUAUUGGUGCAAAUCCAAACGCACCUGUGCUGGUUUUCUACGGUUGCCCCACGGUUGACAACCUCGAUUUUGAAGAGUUUAAUAGGAAUCUAUACAUGGAAGCUAUGAACGAAGAGGCGAAAAUUAGAUUUAUCUGGAGAUCAACAUGUUCUCUUGAUGGAGAAAGUGUGGAGUAUCCUUUGAAUUUUCCCCUCGGGAUAACCUUACAAAAUGGUUCUAAUUUGAACUCUAUACCUCAAUUGAAGAAAAUAUUAUCCACCAUCCCUAAUGACGUGUCAGUUGAAACAAAUCACGAGCUUUAUGAUUUGGAUCCUGAAGAGUUACAUGAGCUCGAUUUAAAGGUCACGUCGUUGAUCUCGAAAUUUUAUCAAGAGAAAAAUGAUACGCUAGCUACUUUACACUUCACCAAGAAUAUCAUUAACAACUUUCCUUUAGUCUCUAAGCAGCUAACAGAGAUUGUACUUGACAACGAAGACAUUAAAGCUAGCAAUGAAAAACUAAAUUCCAAGGGCUUCGACUAUAACAUGUUGGGUCUCUAUGUCAAUGGUCAAAACUGGAAAAUUACUUCGCUGGACCCAUAUAAUUUGCUUAAUGCUUUGAAAAUUGAAUACCAGAACUUACUGAAAAUUACAAAUCUUCUACAAACGCACGAGGCCUCGAAAGGUAUGUUAGAUUCCAAGUUUCUACUGAACAGGUUCUCUCAAUUCUCUCUGGGGAAAUUACAAAACUUACAACCGAUUAAAAUGGAUCUCCACACUAUUCCGGGGUUCUCAGAUUCGGUGAUAUACUUCAACGAUAUUGAGGCCGAUCCACAAUAUAACGAAUUAAUAGAUAGCGUUCAAGCGUUCUUUGAAAAAUCAAAAUUUGGCGAGUUGCCUGAAAUAAGACAAAACUGGUCAGAAAUCAUAUUUGUUAUAGACUUUGCUCAUUUAGAAGAUAAUGACGUCAAGGAGGCAUUGAGUGGAUUAGUUCGUGCCAUUAAUGUUAUCUUUCAAGGCUAUCCACAAAGAGUAGGACUUCUCCCAUAUAAUUCAGGUAGUGAUGAUUCCGUUGUUAAUAAAAUAUAUGAACUCAAGAAUUCAACUAACGGCUUGGCAGAAUUGAAAACAUUUUUGGAAACAAUGCUGCUUGCUGACGGUUUAACUGCCAACACAGAUGCGUCAAAGUAUUCUCCAGUCCCAGAUGUUCAUGGUUUACUCGAUGAACUUCAAAUUGGUGAAACAUCGAUUAUAAUUAAUGGUGAGGCUUAUCCAUUCAAAAAAAAUACCUGGAACUAUUUAAUUGCCAAAGUUAUCAAGAAAGAUACUGAAUUUAUACGUAAAGAAUUGAGUGUUUCCUCCCCAAAAAACAAACAAGUAAAGGUCAGAGACUUGUUACAUUAUAAGUCUGCAAAUUUGAGACACAAUAAAUAUACGCCAAAUUAUUUUGCUGAUUCGUUGUACUCUACAGUCAAUAAUACUGCAUUAGAAAAUAUUGGUAAAGAUAGAGUAACGACAUAUACCAAAGAUAAAAGGUACAAUAUAUUACACACUAUCACAUUGGUUGACGACUUCAAUUCUAUUCAUGCCUUGGAAAGACUGCAGAAUUUGCUGGGUAGUUCUUUUGUUGGUGUGAGGGUUAGGGUCAUUCAUUUAGGUGAUUUAUCAAACGCUUGGACUCAGCUGCAACAUAGCUUUUCCGACAGCGAUUCAAAAAGCUCCAUAAAUAAAUUGAUCAAUAACUUGAAAGUCAAGAAUGGAAAAAGCAAAACGUCGAGAAAAAAUGCCUUAAAUCAACUAGGACUCCAUAAAUGGCUCCCAGAUAUCCCAUUAUUUGAACUGGAAAAGGGCACGUUCAUUGUUUUGAACGGAAGAUUUAUUCAUCUUGAUCCUAAGGAGGUCCCAGAAACAAAGCAUUUUGAAGCAAUUAUAAAAAGAGAAGCGGUCAGAACCAUCGAUUCAGUGUUCUCUUUAGACCUACUUUUCCCAGGCUUCUCACAAGAAAGAAUGGAUCCUGACUUUAUUGAAAUGACUUCCUCUAUCCUAACCAAAUUAUUCUACCAGAGUACAAAUAUUUAUGGCAACGGUAUUGAUUAUACUACUGAGAGUAGCUUGCCGAGAAUGGAUUUGAAUCAGUUCUUCGAACCAAAUAACUUGACUAUAUUUGAUGAUGGAAAAUCAUCUCCUAUCGAUUUAUUGCUAAUUUUAGACCCCCUAGAAGAAAGAUCUCAGUUGAUUCUCUCUCUUGUUGAUCAAGUUAAGCAUUUGAAAUUUAUUAAUGUACAAGUGAUUUUAAUGCCGACAGUAGAUUUGAACAUUGUUCCUAUCAGGAGACUUUAUGUUGAUGACAGAGAGGUUAUCAAACUGGUAACUUCCGAGACCAGCCUGGUUGAUUCAGAAGUGGAUAUGGAAAUGGACGCCCCAAAGUCCUUUGUGAUAGACAGCGAGUUUCAGCUGAAGGAAUUGCUCAUAGAGCUGCAUGCUUUUUCCAACAAAACGGCUCUUUCAGCCGGCAAUAUUGAUGGUAUAGGGGGCGUAUGUCUGGAACUUGUCGAUCAUUUGGGAAAUAUUAUUGACAAAACCAUAACGAUGGACACCUUUGGGUACGGACAGUUUCGGACCGACAGGUUUUUAAAGGGCUGCUCUAUCAGAAGCUGUGAUCCAAGGUAUACUGUUCACUCUUUUUCUACUGACGGGCAUCCCGGGUUUAUACCAUCCAAUUCUCUAGAUAUACUAUCGUACAAUCCUCAUAGAAUCGCUGUGAAAAUAACUGAAGAACCCUCAUACGGGGAAGAGCACAAGGAAGGUGGCAGCGAUGACGCAACCAUCAACAUCUUCUCCGUUCUGGAACCAGGGCUAGAUGAGGAAGAAAAGUACAAACAAAUGGUUUUGUCCAUACUGUCCAAGUGUUCUAAAUUGCAGCAGGUAAAUUUUUUUAUUUUAGAGCAACAAUCUAUUUCCGAUUCGCUAAAAAAAUUCUGCGAAUACGUAAACGCCUCCGGUGAAAUGAGAGGUACUAUCACUUUCUUAAAGUACGAAUGGCCACAAUGGUUGAGGCCGCAAAGAUUCUCUUCAAGAAGAAGGGAUGUUUCUAAAUUUUUAUUUUUAGAUGUCAUUUUCCCUCAGAACAUUUCCCAAGUAUUGUACAUGACACCAAAUGAAACCCCGUUUGAUCCGUUUGAUCUGUUCCAAUUUCAAGGGCUCAAGCGGGCACCAUUAGGAUUAUUCAGAAUGAGCGGUAAUGGGUAUUGGAAAGAAGGUUAUUGGGAAAAAAUGCUAAGGGAAAAUAACUUAGAAUUUUACUCUACUGAGCCAGGCUUUCUUGUAAACUUGGAAAGAUUUCGUCAACUAGAUGUUGGUAAUAAAUACAGAAUUCACUACCAACGUGUAUCGUCUGAUGCCAGAUCACUGGUUAACAUUGGUCAAGACUUAGUUAAUAAUCUACAACUUGAGGUUCCAAUUAGGUUUCUCAAGGCGUCCUAUAAAAGUAAAUUGAUUACUGAUGAUGAACAUGUCUCAGAAUGGAAAGAAAGAAUUGAUGCCUUCGUAUCUUCUUCUAGUGAUGGAAAGGCUUCUGAAGAAGGUAAAAGUCGCAACAACCAAGGUUACGAGGAUUCUAUACCUUUGCAUGAUGAAUUAUGA